AUGGAGUGCAUGAAAGCUGGGUUCCGCAAGGAUGAACUGCUCGAUGGCCGGUUCAGAACCAUCGCACCCCUCAACCACGGGUCGUUCGGAAUGGUUUUUCUGGCUGAGGACACUCGGACUGGAGAAGAGGUGGCCGUCAAGUGCUUGACCAAGCCCUCUGUUGCAGCUCACACCAGCUCCGCUUACAGCGCAGACGAAGGAGCCGAAGAACUUGCCUGCCACGCUAUCUUGAAGCACCAUGAUCAUCUGGUUAACCUCAUCCAUCACUUCGAGACCGAGGCUCAUACCUAUCUGGUUUUGGAAUACUGCUCUCAGGGCGAUCUUUACGAAGCCAUUCGUCUAGGUCAUGGACCACUCCAGACCGAGCAUGUCCGACGCUUUAUGCUACAGCUGAUUAGCGCCGUCCACCACAUGCAUGCCCAUGGCCUGUUCCACCGAGACAUCAAACCUGAGAACAUUUUCCUUACCCAUGAUGGAUCCUUGAAGCUUGGUGAUUUUGGCUUGGCCACUAGAAGCCUCUGGUCGUACGAGCCUUGCGUUGGAAGCGACCGAUACAUGGCCCCGGAGCAAUACGACCCUGCUGGAAAUGGCUACUCACCGGCAAAGGCGGACAUUUGGUCAAUCGGGAUCUGCUUGCUCAACGUCUUGUUCGCCCGGAACCCCUUUGUUACCCCAACGGAGUCGGACGUUCUCUUCGCUGAUUACCGGCGAGACCGUCAGUCCUUGUUCGACAUCUUCCCCGGCAUGUCUCAGGACACGUUCGAGAUCCUGUCCAUUGCUCUGGCCCUCGACCCUGCCAAACGUGACAUUGGGGCGCUGAAGCAAGCUGUUCUUCGGGCUGUCGCUUUCACUACAGAUGAUGAGUCGUUUGACGAGUUCUGUGCCGAGGAACGUGACGUGGUCCGGGCCAGCGCGAACCGUGAGCCCCUACGGACUCCUUCAAUCCAGAGUCCUCACAUGGAUGGCGAGUCCUUCCCUUGGGCCAAAGCCUUGCACUCGAGUCCUCAGCGCAAGCUGCAACAACUGGCGUCCAUUCCCGACCUGUAUGACGAGGAUCUCUUCGAUUCCGAGAAGAGCAUGAAGCUCGGCGAGUCUUGGUACUCUGGUCACAACAACACACCUUCCCUGUCAUCGGUCUUCGACUCGGCCUACGGUUCCUACAAGUCCAUGGCGAUCAAGCGUCCGGCCCUCCGCAACCCACCUCAGGCAGACCCUGUGCCGAUUCCUCAUUCUCUUCCUUCUCGUCCGUCGCGGCCCAUCCCCACCAUGUCAUCCGUCUUUGGAAAGAAGACCGAUGCCGUGGCCAAGAGCUGGAGCGACAUGUUUGAGGAGGAUGAAGAGGAAGCCGAGUCGGAGCGUGAAGCCGCCUUGGCAUUGCGUCGUGACCAGAAUUCCCGCAGCUUCAGUCAGGACAGCAACAAACGUCUCCCUGUUCCUCCUGGUGUUCUGACCGAGUCCAAGAGCCGAUCGUCCAGCAAUACUCGUCGCAGCCGUACCCCCAGGCCUGUGUCACCUACCAAGCCCAGUCAUGGUUCGAACGAGAAUGAUCCCUUUGGAUGGCGCCUUCGGACCCCUCGACAUUCACCAAAGCAGAUGCCGGUGGACAAAUGGGCGGCAUUGGGCAAUCGACGACGCAAUCAGCAGCCGGAGACUGAGGGCCAAUUGUUCAGUACCAAGAAACGCUCUUUCACCACUGGAUCGCGCAAGAGACCGACGGUUGUGUCUGGAUUUGACCAGCAUGCUUGGCAACGACGGGAUAGCCGAAACAAAGCUCGUCCGGCCUAUCUCCAGCAUGACUGGCGUCAAGGCAGGAUGAUUGACUCGUCGACAGAUGAGGAUGAUCAUGAGUGGGUUGGAGGUUGGCAUAACUUCCAUUUGUAA